AAAAGAAGGCGUAUUUCUCUUCUAUUUCUUUUACUCACGUACUGAUGAGUGAUGAUGUUUUUCUUUUACUCUAUAUGGAAAAACUUGUAAUCUUUCUUUUUCUCUCAACUUUUUUCUCCUAACUGUUAGAUCUAUAGAUUCUAUAUAGUUUUUUUUAAUCGACAAUGCUUCUCUGAUUCUGCAAAGUGUGUAGAACGGAGAAUUUUUUGGUGAGGUGAAAAUGUCUUCGAGAAGAGGAUCGAAAUCGAAGAAAUUAGGUUCAAGCAACUCAAAAGCUGUAAAUUCACCUUCGUCUUCAACAACUUCAUCAUCCAAACACUUUCCAGAAACAUCUAUCGAUUGCCAGAGCUCACCGGCAUCGUCAUCGGCUCGAAGCAAGCCGCAGUGUUUUUACUCUGAGAACUUGCAUGUGGAUGCCGACCGAUCCACGGAGAAUGUCACUGUCACCGUUCGGUUUCGUCCUCUCAGUCCAAGGGAAAUUCGUCUUGGUGAGGAGAUUGCUUGGUAUGCAGAUGGGGAGACUAUUGUGAGAAAUGAACAUAAUCCAUCGAUAGCUUAUGCAUAUGAUCGAGUGUUUGGCCCAACAACUACCACACGCCAUGUUUAUGAUGUUGCUGCCCAGCAUGUUGUCAGUGGUGCCAUGGAAGGCAUCAAUGGCACCAUUUUUGCUUAUGGCGUGACAAGUAGCGGGAAGACUCAUACAAUGCAUGGUGAUCAGAGGUCCCCUGGAAUCAUACCAUUGGCGGUAAAAGAUGCUUUUAGUAUUAUUCAGGAGACACCAAAUCGGGAGUUUCUUCUCCGUGUUUCAUACCUGGAGAUCUAUAAUGAAGUUGUUAAUGACUUAUUAAAUCCAGCUGGACAAAAUUUGAGAAUUAGAGAAGAUGCUCAGGGAACCUUUGUUGAAGGAGUAAAGGAAGAAGUUGUACUAUCCCCUGCUCAUGCCCUCUCUCUUAUAGCGGCUGGGGAAGAACACAGACAUGUUGGAUCAACAAACUUCAAUUUACUCAGCAGCAGGAGCCAUACAAUAUUUACACUGACAAUAGAGAGCAGUUCAUGUGGUGAAAGUAGUGAAGGUGAAGCAGUAAAUCUCUCACAGCUGAACCUCAUUGAUCUGGCUGGUUCUGAGAGCUCAAAGGCUGAAACAACUGGCGUUAGACGAAAAGAGGGAUCUUAUAUCAAUAAAAGUUUGCUAACACUAGGAACUGUUAUAUCUAAAUUGACUGAUGGGAGAGCCACUCAUAUACCAUAUAGGGAUUCUAAGCUGACUAGGCUGCUUCAGUCUUCCUUAAGUGGUCAUGGGCGUGUAUCUCUCAUUUGCACUGUCACCCCUUCAUCAAGUAACACAGAAGAGACACACAAUACACUGAAAUUCGCUCACCGUGCUAAGCACAUUGAAAUCCAAGCUGCACAAAACAAGAUUAUUGAUGAGAAAUCACUUAUCAAAAAAUACCAAAAUGAGAUACGCUCCUUGAAGGAAGAGUUGGAACAAUUGAAGCGGGGCAUUGUAUCAAUUCCUCAACUAAAAGAUAUUGGUGAAGAUGACAUUGUACUCUUAAAGCAGAAGCUGGAAGAUGGUCAAGUCAAGUUGCAAUCAAGGUUGGAGCAAGAAGAAGAAGCGAAAGCGGCUUUAUUGAGCAGAAUACAACGAUUGACAAAAUUGAUCCUUGUCUCCACAAAAGCUUCACAAUCAUCAAGAUUUCCCCAGCGCCCUGGUCUAAGGAGGAGACAUUCAUUUGGAGAAGAAGAGCUUGCAUAUCUACCACAUAGAAGGCGGGACUUGAUCCUGGAUGAGGAGAAUGUUGAGUUGUAUGUUUCCCUCGAAGAGAAUGCUGGAGAAGAUACAGUUAAAGAGGAGAAGAAAACCCGGAAGCACGGUUUGCUGAACUGGCUUAAGCUCCGAAAACGAGAUUCUGGUACAGGGACAUUGACGAGUGCCAGCGAUAUGUCAAGUGGAAUUAAAUCCAAUAGUACACCUUCUACUCCUCAAGCAGGAAGCAGUAACUUCCAUGCGGAAUCUAGGCUUUCCCAAUCCAUAGUUACAGGAAGUUCUCCACCCAUGGAUCUUCUAUCAGAUGCUAGACAUGAUAGAGAAGCUCCGGAGGACAAUUUCCUUGGACAAGAGACACCUUUGACUAGCUUAAAAGCAAUUGAUCAGAUAGAUCUACUAAGGGAGCAGCAGAAGAUUUUGUCUGGAGAGGUAGCACUUCAUUCAAGUGCCUUAAAGCGUUUGUCUGAGGAGGCUAUGAGAAACCCCCAGAAUGAGCAACAGAUUCAAGUUGAGAUGAAAAAGUUGAGUGAUGAAAUAAGGGGGAAGAAUGAACAAAUUGCUUUGUUAGAAAAGCAAAUUGCUGAAUCCAUCUUGGCUUCACCCAACAAGAUGGAGAAAUCAGAAAUAUCUCUAUCCGUUGCUGAAUUGGUGGCGCAAUUAAAUGAGAAAUCCUUUGAACUUGAGGUUAAAGCUGCAGACAAUCGAAUAAUCCAAGAGCAGCUGAACCUGAAGAUUUGUGAAUGUGAAGGAUUGCAAGAAACUGUUGCCUCCUUAAAGCAGCAGCUCUCUGAUGCACUAGAAUCACAAAAUGUCAGUCCUAUUGCUCCUAAUUCUCAACAAUUUGGAGAAAUGAAAGGUCUGCAGAUGGACAACGAAGCUGCGGCAUCAAAAGAUAGUGAUGAAGAUUUGCUUACAAAAGCACAGGUGGCUGAGAUUGAAGAACUGAAGCAGAAAGUUGUUGAACUAACCGAGUCCAAAGAGCAUUUAGAACUACGGAACCAGAAACUAGCAGAGGAGAGUUCAUAUGCCAAAGGGCUAGCCUCAGCUGCUGCUGUGGAGCUUAAGGCAUUGUCGGAGGAAGUUACUAAACUAAUGAAUCAUAAUGAGAGACUAGCUGCAGAACUGGCAGCAGCAAAGAAUUCUCCGACACAACGUCGGACAAGUACUCUACGGAACAGCCGAAGAGAGAGUCUGACCAAACGACAUGACCAACUUGGAUCACCCUCGGAUCUAAAGAAGGAACUGGCUAUGAGUAAAGAGAGGGAGCUUUCAUAUGAAGCUGCUCUGAUAGAGAGGGAUCACAGAGAGGCUGAACUUCAAAGAAAAGUUGAAGAAUCUAAGCAAAGGGAAGCUUAUCUUGAAAAUGAACUUGCAAACAUGUGGGUUCUUGUUGCCAAAUUAAAGAAAUCCAAUGGAGUGGACGCCGUUGUUUCAGAAUCGACAUAAGAGAAACAAGGUAAGCUUGAAGUUAACCAGGAACAAUUGUUGAUGGGGUUUAAUAAUUCGGAUUCAGCUAAAAUUGGUUUGGGAGAGUAGUGUCUAGAGAAUGUUCGUGUAUUACAAUCGGGGUGGGGUGGGGUGGGGUGGGGGUGGGGACGCACUGUGUAUUCCGUACGAGUUUUUGUUUUUCUUCAACUUUAUUUGGGUUCCUUUCUUUUUAUCCAUUGAUUAGGGCAUUGUAUAUGAAAAGCUCCACUUGUGCAUUAUUAAUAGUUUUGAAAGCAAUGAAGCUCUCAACCUGUAGUUUUAUUUUUCAUCACAUAAAUUUGAUGGAAGGGGGGAUUUCUUGGAUAGCUAGGGGGCGUUCAAAUGGCGGGUUGGUUCAAUAGCCAUACCCAACUGAAUUUUUAAUACCCUUCAAAAGUUAAUUGAACUGAAAUGUAUUACGACUGAAUUAAUCAACUUCCAAUUACUCUUUAACAGAA